AUGGCGUUCGUGGCCACAGACUGGACCUCUCCACUCGCUCUUGAUUCAUCUCUGAUACCUAUGCUUUUACAUCUUUUGCCAAUGGAUUUUUGCUCACCUUCCACAGCCUAUGCACCCAUUCAGCCUUGUGUAUCAGCUCGACCUACUAUGUCUCACACCUCCACAGACCAGUCAGAUAGGAUUUUUAGUCCAAGGAUUGACGUCAUAGCCGUAUACGCUGAAAGAGGAAGGGAAAUGAUCGCACGAGAAGAUAACUAUCGAGCGAAGCUAACUGAUGAAAGGAAAAUCCGCUCAAUUCGCUCAAAACUGAGGAACAAAGUGAUUUUGCAAAGAAGUUUGGAGGAAGACAUUAAUGCAGAGAAAAGCUUCGUGGAGAGUUUAAAUUCAAGCAAAUCUACUUUGGCAGGAAACAGAAAAAAAUCGCCUCCUGCAGUUCGACCACUAAAUGAGUCAAGUAACUACUCCACCAAAACACUAACCAGGGAUUUACGGAUGCUGGGAAAGAAGUUAGAUGAAAUCCAACUGAAACUUGGACAACCUGCUGCUACGUUGGAAAACUCUUCAAUAAGCGACUCGCAAAGAACAGAGUUGAUACCGGAAGAGGAUUCAAGGCAAGAGAGCAGAUCUGAGGAAGAGCUGGAACCAUUGCCUCUGAACUACGACGAGACAGGUCCAACGCAGAAUCCCAUGGUCGAAAUGGAACGACUUGAUCUUAGCCUACUUUCACCAUCUAUAGACGUGGGGAGAAGAAAGAUUCUUGAGAAAUCACCGGCAAAACCCACAAAAGGAUCACUCUCCCAACCAGAGUGGAUGAGGCUCAUUCCACUUGAGGGAACUAAUUCUAGUAGAUUCCCUUUACUUCACUACAGCCCUCCUCAGCAUAAAGAAAGGAAGGAAUCGAAAACGGAAAGAAGCACACAAACGGGGAUUUCCCAACAGCCAUUAGCUGAGAAGGGAUGUCAGACAAAGGAGGAUGAACGCAUACCACCAGACAGCGGAUUUUUGGAUACACUUGAGAGGUCGCCGCGGAAGAAAGUGGAAAUAAUUCAGCCGAUGUCUCGGCAGAACAUUGAAGAAAUGUUAAGCCAAAUGUAA